AUGGCCAAACAGGUCCUAACCCGUCCGUGUACAGUACAUAUGGACAAUAGCGACAAUCUCCGUACACGCGGUUGCAAACAUGGUGCAAGAGCGUUAAAGCCUUUCCAGUUAAUCCGGCCGAUUUCCGCGACGCCUAAGCAGCGCGUCUUCUCCAAAGCUACCAUUGGAUCCUUGGAUUUUGCCACCGACAAGCGGAAAGAGACUGUUAUCGCAAAUAUAGAAAGGCAGGGACAGCUAGAUGAAAGUACUGUUGUACCCUUGGUCUACAUAGCCGACGCAUGCCGCCCGGCAGCUGGGACAUGUGACUCUCACCAACUGCGUCUCCUGAGCUUGGCUUUCAUAUGUCCGUUUCACAUACUCUUCAAGGCAAGCCCGAUGGAAGACGUGCCCGCAGAGAACUGCCACCAGGCUAUUUACAUGGCUUUCAAGGCAGAAUACGCAGGUGAACGGACGAGACCCAAGUCGGGUCAAUGA